GGAACUCAGUACUUCCGGUGCAUGGUUGUUUUUCGUAGCGUUCCGCGUUAAGUAGACGUUUUCUUCAAAGAAUAAACAGUUCACGUUCUUUUUGAGGAGAGUUGUUUACUUAAUUUCGUUUCUUGAAGGAGAGAAAACCGCCAGACCGUCAAGAUGCCGCGAAUUAUGAUAAAAGGAGGCGUUUGGCGCAACACCGAGGAUGAGAUCCUCAAGGCGGCGGUGAUGAAAUAUGGGAAAAAUCAGUGGUCGCGUAUCGCCUCCCUGCUCCAUCGCAAGUCCGCCAAACAGUGCAAAGCCCGUUGGUACGAGUGGCUGGAUCCCAGCAUCAAAAAGACAGAAUGGUCCAGAGAAGAGGAGGAGAAGCUGCUUCACCUGGCCAAGCUGAUGCCCACUCAGUGGAGGACCAUCGCUCCCAUCAUUGGACGCACCGCGGCCCAGUGUCUGGAGCAUUACGAAUACCUGCUAGACAAAGCCGCCCAGAGGGAGAACGAGGAAGAGGUGGGAGAUGAUCCCAGGAAGUUAAAACCAGGAGAGAUCGAUCCCAACCCUGAGACCAAACCUGCCAGACCCGACCCCGUGGACAUGGACGAAGGUGAUUGUGGAAUCCAGCUUCCAGUGCAGAGAGACUUUGUGCGGCUAGCAGCACCUUUAAACAGGAUCAGUGAUGCUGAGUUAGAGGAAGUGGUCAAAAUGGGCGUGGCCAGCGAGGUCGCUCGCCAAGCGGCCGAGGAGAGCGAAGGCGGUAACUCGGCCUCCUCCGCCCUGCUGUCAGAGUACAGCGUCACAAACAACAUGACCGCAGGGCUUCGGACUCCGCGGACCCCUGCUGCCCAGGACAGGAUCCUGCAGGAAGCCCAAAACCUGAUGGCUCUGACCAACAUCGACACGCCCCUGAAAGGAGGCCUCAACACCCCGCUGCACGAGAGCGACUUCAGCGGUGUGACGCCUCAGCGGCAGCAGGUUCAGACCCCGAACACGGUGCUCAGCACACCAUUCAGAAAAGCUGUUUUCUCAUCGCAGCAAAAGGAGAGCCUGCAGCAGCUGAGACAGGGCCUGCUGUCACUUCCUGUUCCUAAGAACGACUUUGAGAUCGUUCUUCCUGAAAAUGCAGAGAAGGAGCUGGAGGAGACGGAGAUGGAGAGCGGAUUCAUCGAGGACUCGGCAGACAUUGAGGCGCGCAAACAGGCUCAGCGGGACGCAGAGAGGGAGAAGGAGCUGAAACUUCGACACACCCCCGUUCAGAGGAGCCUCCCCAGACCGACGGAGGUAAACGAGUCGGUGCUCCGCCCCUCCUCCAUGGAGCCGCUCACCGACCUCCAGGUCGCAGAGGAGCUCAUCAAACAGGAAAUGAUCACCAUGCUGCAUCACGACUGUCUGCACCAUCCAUCCACCACCGCAGCCAAUCAGCUGCUGCGCGGCAAAGCCAAAGGUCCCGCCUCCACGUCCAACAACGCCUCGCACAUCUCCUACCUGGAAACUCACCCCUACAAGCCCAUCAGCACGGAGGACAUGGAACAGGCGAAGGCGAUCCUGACGGCGGAGAUGGAGGUGGUGAAGGCGGGGAUGGGCCACGGAGAUCUCAGCAUGGAGGCCUACACCCAGGUGUGGGAGGAAUGCUACGGGCAGGUUCUGUAUCUAGCAGGUCAGAACAGGUACACCCGAGCUAACCUGGCGUCAAAGAAGGAUCGGAUUGAAAGCCUUGAGAAGAAACUGGAGGUGAACCGCGGCCACAUGACGGCGGAGGCCCGCAGAGCAGCGAAGCUGGAGAAGAAACUGAAGAUUCUACUGGGAGGAUUCCAGUCCAGAGCGCUGGGGCUCCUGAAGCAGCACAAUGAACUGUGGGAGCAGGUGGAGCAAGCGGCCACCGAGCUGCAGACUUUCAACCAGCUGAAGCAGCAGGAGGAUCUGGCCAUUCCCAGGAGACAAGCGGCUCUGCGGGAGGACGUGGACAGGCAGAUGGAGAGAGAGAAGGAGCUUCAGCAGAGAUACGGAGAGCUUCUGAUGGAGAGGGAGUCUCUGCUCAGCAGCACUCAGAAGUUAUGAUCAGUUUGAUUCGCAUCUAAAACAAGAAAUCUGCCUCCAGUAACUUUCCACCACGUCGUACUGAAACAGCUCGUCCCUCAUCACUUCCCAGUCGCUCUGCCUCAAUGUGCUGAUGAUGCUGUGAUUCCCAAAGCUGCGCUCUGAGCUUAAUCGUCCUUGUUUCUCUAAGUUUUGAAUAAAGUUUUUUCAUCAAUAAAAACCAUCAACUUA